CAAGGGGCACGGUCUUUAGACGUGGUCGGAUACCUCUACAGGGUUAACAGCAACUUAGUCCAGACAACCGGGUAGUGCAGCAGACCACACUCAAACGCAGGACAGGCGGCGCAGGGCCUGCCGGGAGUUGUGGUCGGGCUGCAGGAUUCAAGUGCCGCGGGAGCCCCUGGGAGCUGUAGUUCGCUGAGUGCAAGUGCCUGAGGCGCAGCUGGGAGGUGUAGUGCGUGGGCGGGGCCCAAAGUUGAAGCGCUGCUGCCUACUCCCCCGGAGAGUGGGCGGCUGCUGCUUUCCUCUUUGGCCUUGGCUGUCAAAUGAGAGCUAAUUGCAGCGAAUCUCUGCACAAGCCAGCACCUAAAUUAAGUCUGAUAUCACGGAUAAUAAGAUCUGACUCAAGAGACGCUUUGUAGGGACAUGAGGAAAAGUAGGGCCACCUCCCUUGCUUAAACAGGCUGUGGUCUCCAAGGGAAAAAAGCGGAAGAUACUCCGCCUUGACUAGGAGGAGAACGCACUUCCUUCUUCACCCUUUUGUUCUUUUCCCUCCUCGUCCUGGCCCCCGACUGGCCUUUGUACGCGGGAGUGGAACUCCAACUCCCGGCAGGCCACCGGGCAGGCGCAGGCGUGGUAGAGGUGGCCGGACACGCUGCAGGAGGUGGACCGAAUGCUCGGCAUCUGAUUGGUACGAUGUUUUGAGGGUUUAGUAUGCUGACUGGCUGGGGCAGCUGCCGGAAAGGACUCUGCCUGGAGAUGGAAGAGCAGAGGCGUUCUGUGGGCUGGGCUGAGCCUCCUCCCUGAGACAGCAUCGGACUAUCCGGCUAACCGCCGUUCCCAGAGGGAUCCAGCUAGCGCUGCAUGCUAGCUGCUUUUCCUGCUCUCCCGGGAGGCGAACCGUUGUGCCCGAGAUGGCAGCCACCCUGCUCAUGGCUGGGAGCCAGGGACCUGUGACAUUUGAAGACAUGGCCAUGUACCUCACCCGGGAAGAAUGGAGACCUCUGGAUCCUACACAGAGGGACCUUUACAGAGAUGUUAUGCAGGAGAAUUAUGGAAAUGUUGUCUCAUUAGAUUUUGAAAUCAGGAGUGAGAAUGAAGUAAAUCCAAAGCAAGAGAUUAGUGAAGAUGUAGAAUUUGGGACCACAUCUGAAGGACCUGGUGGGAAUGUUGAGGAAAAUCCUGAAAGUGAAGAGACCUUUGAAAGCAGGGACAGGUCAGAAAGACAGUGGGGAGAUUUGACAGCCGAAGAGUGGGUCAGCUAUCCUCUCCAACAAGUCACUGAUCUGCUCGUCCACAAAGAAGCCCACACAGGCAUCCAAUAUCACAUAUGCUCUCAUUGUGGAAAGGCCUUCAGUCAGAUUUCAGACCUUAACAGACACCAGAAAACCCACACAGGAGACAGACCCUAUAAAUGUUAUGAAUGUGGAAAGGGCUUCAGCCGUAGCUCCCACCUCAUUCAGCACCAGAGAACACAUACUGGGGAGAGGCCAUAUGACUGCAAUGAGUGUGGGAAAAGUUUUGGAAGGAGCUCUCACCUCAUCCAGCACCAGACAAUCCACACUGGUGAGAAGCCUCACAAAUGUAAUGAGUGUGGGAAAAGUUUCUGCCGUCUCUCCCAUCUAAUUCAGCACCAGCGGACCCACAGUGGAGAGAAACCGUAUGAGUGUGAGGAGUGUGGGAAAAGCUUCAGCCGGAGCUCUCACCUGGCCCAGCACCAGAGGACACACACAGGCGAGAAGCCUUAUGAGUGUAAUGAAUGCGGCCGAGGCUUCAGCGAGAGGUCUGAUCUCAUCAAACACUACCGAGUGCACACAGGUGAGAGGCCCUACAAGUGUGACGAGUGUGGGAAGAAUUUCAGUCAGAACUCUGACCUUGUGCGGCAUCGCAGAGCCCACACAGGGGAAAAGCCAUACCAUUGUAAUGAGUGUGGGGAGAACUUUAGCCGCAUCUCACACUUGGUUCAGCACCAGAGGACCCACACUGGAGAGAAGCCAUAUGAAUGCAAUGCUUGUGGGAAAAGCUUCAGCCGGAGCUCUCAUCUUAUCACACACCAGAAAAUUCACACUGGGGAGAAGCCCUAUGAGUGUAAUGAGUGUUGGCGAAGCUUUGGUGAAAGGUCAGAUCUAAUUAAGCACCAGAGAACUCACACAGGAGAAAAGCCCUACGAAUGUGUGCAGUGUGGAAAAGGGUUUACCCAGAGCUCCAAUCUCAUCACACACCAAAGGGUCCACACAGGAGAGAAGCCUUAUGAAUGUAGCGAGUGUGAGAAGAGUUUCAGCCGGAGCUCAGCCCUUAUUAAACAUAAGAGAGUUCAUACCGACUAAGUCUUGUAACUGACUGGGAAAUGAUUCACUUGAAGGUACAGUUUUAUUUGAUAUCAGUGAAAUCCCUUAUAAUGGAGAUCCCUUUCUCUACUGACUAUCCUAGUUGUGAAUCACAGUUUCAAACAUCAAAGAAGACAAUCUCUUUGAAAUUCUGACCCAUUUCCUACAAAAUAAUAAUUUUUAUUCACUCAAUAUUAAUGGAUUACUUCAUCAAAUCAGCCCCACAAGUAGUUGGAAAUCUGAAGACCAGGGGACAAAUGCUGGUGCAUGCUCAGGCCUGGACAUGGAGUAAAUCUUUAAAAGUUAUCUCUCCCAGCCUUGGGCCAAAAAGCUCUGCUAGGAGAAUUGUAAUAGGGUGGUCACUGCUGCCUUGAGAAAAGGCAACCAGACUUGGUGUGAGUUGCCACAUUUAGUCACACCAUAGUAGUUGGGCACAUGCUUCCACUCCAAAGGGCUUUUUCCUUGAGUUGCUCACACAUUUCUAUCUUUCCAUCUUCCAGAGAGCAGAAUUCUGCAUGAUGAAGGCAAUGAUCAACUUUUCUCCUUCUCAUUGUAUCUACUUAAAUUGUUUAAAACGUGCAUCUUUGUGAAAGCUAACUGAAGAUACGGUGUGAAAGGAAAAAAGACACAGGUUUGAGGACCAAGGACCCACUGAUGCCAUUGAUGGUAGUAGCUUUAGCAAAAGAUGCCCACUGCUGUUAUUGUCAUUAAUCAGGUUUAUGAAACUGAAGAACAUUGUAGGGAAAAUAUCUUCAAGGCAAGAUAGUACCAUACGUGAUAUUGGAGUAAAAGGAACAAGUGGAAUUGACCUUCAGGGAAAGAAGCACAGUCAUUUCCCAAGGCACAUGGGUCAUUUCUGUGUUUAUUCCACUCUAAUCUUUAAGAUUGAUUCUCCCUAUACUGCUAACUCUAGGGUUUGAUAGGGCCACACCUCAGUGUUUAUCUUAGCUUGCAUAAUGGCAUGUAUAUGUACAGUGAAAUGUGUACACUUUGGUUUUUUCUAAUAGCAGAAACUGAAUUCACAAAGAAUGAGCAUGUUCUUGGGUGAUAUGGAUCAUGUGACAGAACUAACAGACAUAUAACUCCAAUGUGAGAAAUGUCCUUUCCAUUUGUUAUGGAAAAAAAUUUAAACACUAGUGUUUGAGUGUGCACUCUCUCGUAAGGUUUGUCUUUGUACAGAACUAAGCACUUGUUUGUAUGCAUCCAUCAAUUGUGAAUGAUAAUGACCAGACAAAUAGGUUGAUUGUCCUAUUCUCAGAUGAAUUGUGUUCUGUGCCAAUGAAGAACUCAUUGGCAUGGUCGGAAGGAAUUAAUAAGCCUAAGUAGGAAUGUAUCUCCAUCCCCCCCGCCUACAGAUAUAAGUGGUUAAAAUAAUUGACCCAAUCUCAGCCUCAUAAUGUCAGUUCUUAUCUCUGCCUGAGUAGGAAUUAGUAUAUAUUCUAAAUGUCCUUAUCCAAACCUGUGGGGAUGGGAAGGAAUGGGUGCUGAGAAGCUGAGACUGAAGUAAGGAAUAUAUUUUCUUUUGAAAGUGUUCUGAAUGUAUUUCUCCUGUGCUUUAUUGUGAAUGUUGUAACAUUUUAAAACUUUUUUUUUCCCCAUAGCUCUUUGAAAUUUGGUGGUAAAGGAACCAGUGGUCUCUCUUGGGUAGUGUACCAUAGUGAGUUACUGUAACCCAGAGCUGGGUGAGAAUGCCUCACCUGCAAAUGCUCAAAACAAAACAACCACUCAAGGAAGGUUCCUCACAUUGCCACUCCUAUUUAAAUACAAACUUGGUUGCAGGGAGCGUGUUUUUUGUUCUAUACAAAAUCUAGCAGACUGUGGGUAUUCAUAUUUGAAUUACUGGGUGACAUAUAUGUUCUUGGUAGCUAAACUCAAAUUUAUCUUCUGUAUCAGUGUUACGGAUGGUUUUCAUGGAUUUCAACAUUUUCCUAAUGCUUCUUUGAGCCACUACGAGUGUCAUCUUGGGAGUGGCAACAGAGACAACACCUCUGUGACCUGACUGUUUCAUCCUCCUUUCCUCUGCUGCUCUCGUGCCCCCUCCCAACCUGUUCCUGCUUUUUGGCUUCUUAGAGGUGAAGGGCUUAAGAAGAGACUUGAGUCUCCUGUUCCCAUCUUUCCAUACAUGUACACUCUAGCUGGGAAGUUUAAAGGGCAAAGGCCACACCAGCUCUGUCUCCUCUUUCUGCCAAUGGCUGCCCAUUUGGUGUGCUGAACUUCAUGUAGAAGUCCUGCAUCAGAGGCUCUUUGCUAGUGGUUUUUGCAUGCCUUCUGCUCCCAAGCCCCUGGCUGCUUCUGCACAAACCCCAAACACUCUGUGCCUGUUUCCUAUGGUUGUGGAGAGUGAAUAAACAAGUCUAUAGAGCAGUUUUCCUUAUGGUAUCGGUCACAGUUAUCCUAGUGUCUAACUACAUCUGUAUUAUUCUAACAAUAUUCUCUAAUUAAAAGUAUUAUUUUAAAAUCAAAACAACUGAGAAUUCUUUUAAUAAUCCAGCACCAAUUCAUAUAAGGGCUUUCAUCAGAUUCAUUAAAUUUGGACUUGACUGUC